AUGUUUGUACAAUACAAUCAAGCUAAGGAUGAUAACACAAUCAUUGACUGUGAAGAUGAUGAACUCGUGAGACAUGAAGAGGUUCUAUGCUUCAUCACCGCACAAUCCAAAUCAAAUGCUGUGAUUCCAAUUAAAUCUCGUGUAGAGGAUAUAAAAUUGCUAUGUCGUAGCGAACUGUGCCGGUCGGAAUUUGGGCUAUUGAAGAUGAUCAUUCGAAUGGCUGAGAGAUUUGCAGGUACAGGAGAACAGCGGCUGUCGAUCAAAGUAUACCAUACGAUGGACACCGAUAAUUCGCCACCAGAAUUCUGA